UUGGAAAAUGUAACUUUUGAAAAUAGUUCAUAUCGAUGUUCUCAGCAUUAUAUGUAUUUGCAGAGAAUCAGUAAUGAUCCGUUUUAUCCAUUUACGAGUGUACAUUUUCAUAAAUACACUGAUCCUUUCACAGUAAAACCGCAACUGUCGUUUAAAUAUUACAGUAGUCAGGUCAAAUAUCUCACUAUUGCUCCUGAUGGCAUAGGUAUGCACGGAGACGACUACCUCGGAUAUAUUGAACCUUUUAUACCAACCAAAAUAAAUCCUGUAGUUCGGAUUUCGGAUACGAGGGAAUUAUUUGUUGUCAGAUGGUUUAUGAAUAAAGAAAUUGAUGGUAGACAGUUUACACCCUAUGUAACUUGCCUAAUACAUCCGAAUGGGAGAAUAGUUUUGUAUUAUGAUAGAGUUACACCCGAAAUUAAAGAAAUUGAAUGGAAACCGAAAAUCGUCGGUAAAUUUGAAUGUGGAAGAAAUACAGUACGAUCUAAAAUAAUGACUCCUGAAACAUGGAUCAGAAGUUACACGUUGGUGGAAUAUGAAUUUAUCGGAAACUAUUGUCCAAAAUAUACUUCACCUGAAUCAUGCCAAAACCCAACAACAUUGAAUAUAACUUGUCUUUGGUGUGAUAAAUUAAAGCUAUGCAUUGAUAGUACUGACAACGAUGCUCAUAACACGAACGUUAAUGAAUGCCGUGUUAAGGUUAGUAAUUCAAUAUCAAGCGCUGGUGAAUUUCCGGAGAUGGCUACAUCAGAGAAAGUGAAGUAA